GGGCGGGCGGAGCGGGCGGCGGCGGCCCGGCCCUGGCCCCGCUACCCUCUAACUGGCGGCGCCGGCGCACGGCGCGCUCUCCGCGGCCUGGAGGGGAGCGGCGGCCGGGCGGUUCGGACCCGGUCUGCGCCGGGCCGGCCCGAGGGCGCGUGUGCCGCCGCGCACCUGGCUCACUGCUCGCACGUGUGCGCGGGGCCCGGGGUGCGCUGCGCCCGCUCGUGCUCCACCCGCCAGGUGCCCCGAGGCGCUGCGACCCGGCCCAUCCGGACGAGUCCGGGCAGGCCAGGGCGCUCCUACGGUCCCCACCCAGGGAGGGGGCCGCCCUCGGCUCCGGGCGGCGGGGGCUGGGGGCGGCGCUGUGGGAGGCGGGGCCCCCGAGGGGUGGCCCGGGGCGCCGAGAUAAGAGCGCGGCCGCGGGGAGGGCUGGCCUGGGGCUCCGCGAUGUCGCUAGUGCUGCUGAGCCUGGCCACGCUGUGCUGGGGAGCAGUGUCCCCGGAGUCGACGAUUCAGUGUGGCUCUGAACCUGGACCAUCUCCAGAGUGGAUGGUCCAACACACUCUGACCCCAGGAGACUUGAGGGACCUCCAAGUGGAACCUGUUAAAAGCAAUGUUGCCAUGGAGGAUUAUUCCAUUUUGAUGAAUGUCAGCUGGAGACUCCGGGCAGAUGGUCAGCAGGAGCCUAACGCUCUAUCACCGUGCCUCCGUCGUUCACCUCACUUCACCUCCUCACGUAGACGGAUUUCAUGGAAGAAAACAGAGGGACCAGGGUGCCUACCUCCUGGGACUGUUGUGAACAUGAACGGAGCCAGCAUUCGCUUGCUGAAGGCCACCAAGAUCUGCGUGACAGGCAAGAGCAACCUCCAGUCCUACAGCUGCGUGAGGUGCAAUUACACGGAAGCCUUCCAGACUCAGACCAGACCGUCUGGCAGCAGAUGGACGUUUUCCUACACAGGCUUUCCUGUAGAGCCAAACACACUAUACUUCAUCGGGGCCCACAAUAUCCCCAAUGCCAAUAUGAAUGAAGACCCCCCCUCCAUGUCUGUGAACUUCACCUCACCAGGCUGCCUAAACCACAUAAUGAAACACACAAAAAAGUGCAUCGAGGCAGGAAGUCUGUGGGAUCCAAACAUCACUGCUUGUGAGAAGAACAAGACGGCAGUAGAAGUGAAUUUUACAACCAGCCCCCUUGGAAACAAAUACAUGGCUCUCAUCCGAAGUAACAUCGUAAUUGGGUUUUCUAACGUGCUGGAGAACAACCCCCCAAGUCGAGCUUCAGUGGUGAUCCCCGUUAUGGGGGAAAGUGAAGGUGCUGUGGUCCAGCUGACUCCGUAUUUCCAUACUUGUGGCAAUGACUGCAUCCGACGCAAAGGAACAGUUGUGCUUUGCCCACAAUCGGGCAUGUCCUUCCCCCUGGACAGUCGCAGAGGCAUGCUGGGUGGCUGGCUUCCUCUUCUCCUCUCAGCUCUGCUGGUGGCCACAUGGGUGCUGGCCGUUGGGAUCUAUCUAAUGUGGAGGCACGAAAGGACCAGGAAGACUUCCUUCCCUACUACCACGCUCCUGCCCCCCAUUAAGGUUCUUGUGGUCUACCCAUCUGAAAUUUGUUUCCGUCACACAGUUUGUUACUUCACUGAAUUUCUUCAAAACCACUGCAGAAGUGAGGUUAUCCUUGAAAAGUGGCAGAAAAAGAAAAUAGCUGAGAUGGGUCCAGUGCAAUGGCUUACCACUCAGAAGAAAGCUGUGGAUAAAGUCAUCUUCCUUCUUUCCAAUGACAUCAACCCCAGGUGUGAUGGCACCUGUGGCAGGAGUGAGGGCAGCCCCCAUGAGAAUUCCCAAGACCUGUUCCCCCUGGCCUUUAACCUCUUCUGUAGCGAUCUGAGAAGCCAGACUCCCCUUCACAAAUACAUGGUGGUCUAUUUUAGAGAGGUGGAUACCAAAGAUGAAUACAGCGCGCUCAGUGUCUGCCCCAGGUACCACCUCAUGAAGGAUGCUCCUGCUUUCUGUACAGAACUUCUCCGUGUCAUGCAGCAGGUAUCAGCAGGAAAGAGGCUGACGGCCUGUUCCCUGUAGCCUACCCAUGAGAAGUGAGGGGCCUUGAAGCCUUCCUACUCCUCCAAUUACAGGGGGAAAGUAUCUCAGAUGAUUCUGAAGUUUCCUGUAUGGGCUAUCUGUAGGGAGAUUUUAUAUACACCUGCUUUAUUUAGCAAUAGGAAUAGGGAGGAUUCCUAACUGAAUACAUACGCCUUAGUUUAAGCAAAACUUUUAUGCCAAAAAAAAAAAAAAAAAACCUGUUACAAAUACGACUAACUACUGUGGCAUUAACUGAAGGACAGAAACUAAAUUUACAAUUAUAAAGCUAAAUCAACUUCAUACCUAGAAGUCCAGGAGAAUUAUAAUGCAGAACUAUAACCAGUCUGAUAACACAAUGAUAAAGCAUCCUCCGGCCGAACAUCCAGUCCUGAAUAGCCCAUGCACUGCACAGUAAAUAGAACUGUUUAUUUCUCUGACACUCUAAACUUAGUGAAUACCAAAUUUAAGAAAGCCUUUGCUCAUUCACUAACUUCAUGGGUGAAAAACCCUCUAUUACAUACAAAAGCCAUUUGUAAGAAAACAGAAGAGUAAGAAGCCGAACUCCUUUGCUGACCAGAUGACACAGUAUACGUGUAGCCACUUAUAUUAUCCAGCACUUGCAGAGGACCCUCCUGCUCUGAACUAGAUUCAGGUCCUAUCCGAGUCUUGUACAGGUGACUUUUAAUACGGACACCAACAUCCAUUACCUGCAGACCUGAUGUCUACUUUAGCCCAAAGUUACCUAUUAGAAGUUACUGUCAAGAGUUCAGAGUUUCUUGGUUAUUAUGUGACUUCUCAUGUUCAAAACACAAAUAAUUCCUGCUCUGUUCAAAGUCAGCCCUCUUGAAGGAAUCUUUUUAUAAUCUUGAAUUAUAAUGGGUUAUGUAAAAAAAAAAAAAAGUACCAGAGAGCUAGAUAUGUAUGGUAUUUUAAGUCUUCCGACUUUUUCCUCUAAAAGUAUCUUUUUCUUAAUGCAGAGGUUACCAAGAGGCCAUUUAUAUUAAUGUGCAAUCUUUCCAGGAAUGCUUGUCUCUCUCACACAGUACGAUACUGAAUCUGCCUAGAGUGUGGAUCAGUUUCCACUGGAUGCCUGUUAAAAUAUAUUUGUGAAGGGCUAAAAUUAUCCUUAAAGGGCCAAGUCUUAUGGAUAAAAUAAAAAUCAAAAUAAGGAAGCACAGAGUGAAAACUCACCAUGUCUAACUUCACAAGUAGACAGUUAGUAAUGGCUGAGGCAAUAUGUUUAAUGUGGUCAAGCUCACUUACUUGUCAUGACCAGUUUUUACCACACUUAAAAGUGCUAGUAACGGAAGGACACGGCUUAUGUCAAAAAUUGGACCGGAAACCAACUUCCUCUGAAUCAACAUCUACCAGUUAUAAGAACAAUAGGUUAUUAUGUAAAAAAAAAAAAAGAUAUACAAAAACACAUUUUGCUUUUGGAACUAGGUAGCCAUUAAUAAAUUGUGUUGAAACAGCUCAGAAACAUAAAAUCAACAUUGUAUAAAUUUAUUUUGUUGAAAAGUUAAAAAAAUAAAGAGCAUACAAUCU